UUUCAUUUAAUAAAAUAAAUUUGCAAUUUAUAUUAAUAUUAAAUAUAUUAUUACAAUCAAUUCAAUGUAUUGAAAUUCCAGUAAAUGAAAUCAGUUCUUAUAUUAAAGGAAAUUUAUCAUGUCCACUACCAUUAACAAGUUUGGAUUUUAUUUACAAUUUUUCACAACCCAAUUUAGAAAUUGUAUGGCCUUGUGAAAUUCGUUUUUAUUGGUUAUCAUUACAACCAUUUGUUAAAUUUGUGCGUUUUUUACUUAACUAUAUAACACCAUUUAUUAUAAUACUUGGUGUAUUAUUAAACAUUAUUUCUUUUGUAAUGUUAAGUACACCUAUACUUUGUGAAUCAAACUUAUCACUUUAUUUAAAAGCACUUGCAUUAUCUGAUAAUGGAGCAUUAAUAUUUAAUUAUGCUGUGGGUAUUGCAAAGUCACAUUUUAUAUUUGUUAAUAAUCUUUUUAUGAACAAUAGAUUUUUAUGCAGCUUAAAUUCUGUUACUAUGGAAUUCUUUCAAUUUACUUCAACUUGGUUGGUUGUAGUUCUUACAUGGAUACGAGUAUUUGCUAUUACAUUUCCUUUUGAAAUAUAUGGUCAUUAUAAUAAUUGUUCUGAAAUAAUAAUUAUUAUUAUUUUGAUAUGUAUCAGUUUUAUAAUAUCAUUAACAAAGUUAUAUUCAGGAGGCUAUGAAACAGAUAGUGUUUUUGAAUUUAUACCAUGUCAAAAAAAAAUAAAACCAUGGGGUAAUGCUAUGUAUUUUUAUAUUGCAUUAUCUACUUGGUUACCAUUACUUUUUAUAUUUAUUGGAAAUAUUUUAUUGAUUAGACACAUGAAAAAAACUGAAAAAAUCCAUUGUCAAUUAACUCAAAAUUUCAGAUAUAAAAUAAAUAGAAUGCAUCAUACUUCUAAAACAUUAUUUGUAGUAUCAACUGUUUAUUUAGUAUUACUAUUACCCCUUGGUAUAGUUGAAACUUUAGAACUUUAUUGGGAUGUUGUAUUAAUUAAAUUCCCUGAUACUGAAAUAAAGAAAAAGACAGAAUAUAUACAUUGGUUAAAAGAAAAAAUGUUAUUGAAAUGGUGUCGUGGUUUAUGCUUUCACAUAUAUCAUUGGAAUUUUGCAAUUAAUUUUUUUUUAUAUUAUCUAACAGGUAAAAAAUUUAGAAAUGUUAUUAUACAGAUAGUAAGGCAUUUUAAAAUUAUAAUUUUUUCUAUCUUUUCUAAAUAUAUUAAUAAAAAUAUAUUAUGUUCAAAAUAUUCUACACAUUUAACAUCUGUGAAGUUUUUGAAUGUUAUAAAAUUUAUUGAUAAGAAUUAUCGCACUUAAUGAAUAUUCUAUACAAAUCAAUUCAAUAAUUCAAUCAAUUCAAUUCAUCAAUUAAUCAAUUCAAUCAAUUCAAAUCUCUAAUCUUAGUCUUUUUUUGCAAAAUGAUAGCGCUAUUAUCGUAAAUAUUUAUAAAAGAUUAUAUUUAUGAACAAAAUUUAUAAAAAUUAACAUUAAAUAUCGCAAAGUUUUUAUGUCAAUAUAUAGUUUUGAUAUUUAUACAUUU